AUGGUUUCGGAGGCCGGGGCUGCGACGGGAGAGUGGACGUUAGUUUACGGGUCGGGCCAAAGCCGGCGCUCGCUCAAAUCGGCGGCAUCGUUCUCGCCGGCUUCGCCCUCUCGGUUGGGGCGGCAAUCGGAUGAGCGAGUUCGGGGGUCUCCUCUAGGUCCUUCGGCUCGGACGGAUAAGGGUAAAGCACCUGCGGUCGCUCCUUCUCGGUGGCCACGGGCGCUAAGGAUGGGUCUGCGGUGGCUAGCGCUAGUGCGCAGCCUGUUCUUCGCUGGCGGCGGCGCGCGGCUGUUCUUGUUGGCGCUCGGGCCGGGCGCGGUGCGCGGGGGCGGCCCCGAGAAAGCUUGCUUCGCGCGACUCGACCGGCCGAUUGUUGAGGUAGGCACCACUGAUGGGGCUUUGUUGCAUAAGGUCAAUGCUGGCUUGCUAGACCUUCGGCAGGUCGAAGGGUCUCGGGCGCAAGCUCCGGCGCUAACGGAGCGCCGCAAGAUAAAGAAGACGAAACGGAGUGCUAAGGGGGCACUGCCUCUGCGGCGGGCUGUAUGA